AUGGCUGAUGUUGUUUCCGCGUUUCAGUCUUGGUGGGGUGACCUUGUCAGGCAGAAUCCCCCAGGAUGGAUCGAAGCUUUCGGGGUCACUAUUCUCGAAGUGGUGAUUUCGACUGUUGUCGGAGUUUUCUGCUACGCCACCUCUCGCGACAAAGGGUAUCGUGAGAUGGUGCGCGGCUCAGCGGGUCUGGUUUCCUUCAAUCUGGUUCUGAGGACAUUGUCCCAUAUUUUGAUGCUGCAGAUCUACGCUUGGCUCUGCGGCGACGGCGCUUCGUGGCAGAACGUGGCGUUUACUCGCGUCUCGGCGGAGGUGCCCUCCGUCCGGAAGCUUCUCACCCAGUUUGCGCUGGCGAUUUGCAUCUUCGACGUGCUCUUUUAUUCUUGGCAUCGGAUGCUGCAUUCGCCGCGUCUCUAUAGAAAGAUCCAUUCUGUUCAUCACACCUUCGAGCAUCGCUCAAAGCAUCGGGUGCCGCUGGCUGUGUAUUAUGUGCAUCCGAUCGAGAUGCUCCUUCUGGAGAUGUCGGUGCACCUGUCGUGCUCGCUGCAGGGAGCUCAUGUGUUGACCUAUCUCUUCUCCGGCACGAUGGCGCUGCUCAUGGCGUUGUAUGGACAUUCUGGCCGCGAUUUGUUUGGGUUGAUGAGUCACGAACACCACCAUGUGCGGGAGUCAAAGAACUAUGGAGCGACCGGAAUGAUGGAUUUCCUUUGGGGCAGUUUUGAGUCUCGUAAAGCUGGUAAAGGCCCUUACAUGAGAGUCGAGUUGUGCCUGAGGAAUGAGGCAAGUUGA